AAUAUCUACUGAGGGGCCGUGCCAUCGUUGUGUUGUGGUGGUGAUAUGCUGCUCGGUGGUGGUGCUGCAAGCUGGUGAUAUUGUUGUGUGCAACUCUCCCACAUCAACUCAUUCCAAGUCGUCGUCGAGUGCCGCUGCUGAGUUGGAGGUGAAAAACGAGACGACGUCGCCACUGCCUUACACACCUCCACUCGCGGUGCCGCCAUCCGUCCCGAAUCGGUACUUCCCGAAGUCCGCCGCGAUUCACACGCUUGAUAGAAGAAAAUCAGGUGGAGCAGCUGCAGCAGCGUGACAUUGUCGGGCGGACAUAGACUGCGAAUUCGGGGAGCAGAGAUAUCCCUGAACGGAGAACGCUUCCAUCAAGUAAUCGCGAUCCACGAGUCCACGUCCGAAACUGUGAGAAUCCACCCCGCCUGCCUUAACCCGACACUCACAGAUGGCCACCGAUGAAGCGAAAAUGGGUAAAAAUAACGGCAAUAAGGAAUCGCCAGCGGCCGACGACGACUGGGAGCGAAUGAUCGACAAUGGCUCGUUAGAUCGGGCCAUCGAGAAGCUCAGCAUGAAAAACUCCCCGAAAGGAGCCACGAAUGAUUCUGAGAAAGAUAUGGAGGAAGCUCCGAAAGUCCAGGUUCGUCUGGAAGAACCGCCCAUCCGAACACCAUUCACGCCCAUGGUCCGGAUAUUGAAGAGAGAAACCGCGAGCCCGAGAAUCGCAACGAACAAGGAACUUGCAUUGAGUAACGCGAACGGACAAUCGGCGCCGAAGAACCCUCCGAGCACUAAGACUUUCGCGCAGCGUCAAGACGAGUACGCACGUGCCAGGGCCCGCAUCAUGGGCAACCAGAGCGCCAAUGCUUCGGUCGUACCGAACGGAAACUUCCGAGCGACGCUCCUCGACUCAUCGAACAAUCGUAACCAAGACGGACAAUUACCGCAGCAGCCCCCACAACAAUCCUUUAAAGAUCGUCGCACGAACGGACGAUGAGUCAGAGGAUGCGAUUAUUGAUUGAAUCGAUUCUGAAGUACCGGGCGGUGGGCCUGGGCCGGUGUUCCGGAGAUUUCCUCUUCCCGUCCAUCGGUACAACGGGCGACGGGGUCGAUAGGUGCUCGAACACCAGUCGUCGAAACGAGCCCACAACCGAUACGCGAACUGGGAUCGAAGCGUGCUUCACGCCAAUCACGGAGCUCCAAUCUCUAGACCGAGGUCCUUCGGCGCUACGCCACGACCGUGAGCGGAUCUGGAUGAUGACUCCGGCCGGAUGAGACCCAGGCCCACAGGAGAGAAAGAGAACAUUUCAAUUCGAGCAGGAAAUUUGAUGAGAGAAAACAAUAUCGAGCUUCAGGAAACUCUGAAACGAAGAGACUUUCCGAGACAGUGCUUCCGGUGCGAGACCACGUUUCAAGCUUUGGUCGACCCUUCGAUUCGUGAUCAGCCAAACGUCAGUCACAGGAACCAAAAUGUUCCGAGCCUUCGAGAUCGUGAGAAGGGCGGUAUCGAUCGCGGACCGCGCAGUGAAAGCAAUCAGAGUUUGGGUGGAUCUUUUGUUACCGUAUGUUAUCCACCAGGCCGCGUUCCCCAGGCCGGGUGCUGCAUGCGUCUCGAUCAAAAUAACCCCGACCUAGUGAUAUAGGAAGAACAAUU